AUGUUGCCAGUGGCAUGUUGUAUGCUGCAACGAAGGAGACAAUAAUCAACUUUCAAGUAUAUUUCUACGAAGUCGAGAAAAUUGGAGCUGGGUUGUUGCCCGCCAGAGGAAGAUCUCUUUGCUUACAUAUCAUUCAAGCUGACAGAUCCGUAAAGUUUACUUAAUGGAAAAUGAAGUGAAUCACUAAGGUAUAUUUUGGAUCAAGCAAAGAAAAUUGGAGAUAAUCCAGCCAUGUUGAAAUGUCAAAUGAAAAUUUCCCUUUGAACCAAUUGAGGUCAAGGUCACCUUCUGCACAAAGUAUGUCUUCUGAAAGGACCCCACUGGUUGGCGCUAGAGCCCAUAACAAUGAGUCACGAUCAAGCACCCCAUAUUCUGGUAUUGCUAAUGCUUCUUACUCGCUGAACAGGGACAAAACUGACACUGAAUAUAGUGGCUUGUCUGACAUUGCUAAUCAUUUAGAAGUCUCUGGGAAUGAAGAACAAGAUCAAGAGCAAGUUAUCUCAACAAAGUUUGAGAGUUUAGAUUACGAUGUCCCGGAAAGCACAUUGAUGAAAAAGGAAGAGAAAUCAAAGAAUCCGGAGUAUAUGAUAAAGAUGAACCUUUAUCGCUGGUUCAUAAUGUGCAUGAUUGGAGUCUUAACCGCGAUGAUAGCAGUUUCAAUAGACAUUUCAAUCGAGAAGUUAGCUGACUGGAAGUACAGCCUCAUCAAAUUGUAUCUCGACAAGUGCAUGCGAGAGGGUUGCUUUGCUCUUCCGUAUGCGCUGUGGGUCGGCAUCGACAUGGGCCUAGUUCUUAUUGCCGCAGUAUUGGUCGUUUAUUUUGAGCCUGUUGCUGCUGGUAGUGGCAUCCCGCAAAUCAAAUGUUACUUGAACGGCGUCAAAAUACCUCACGUCGUGAGGAUCAAGACCCUAGUUGCCAAAGUAGUCGGAGUGGUGUUCUCCGUCGCUGGUGGCCUUGCAUGUGGCAAAGAGGGCCCCAUGAUCCACUCUGGUGCCAUUAUUGCUGCGGGUGUGUCUCAAGGAAGAUCGACUACAUUCAACCGAGAUUUCCACAUCUUUGAAAUGUUCCGCAGCGAUCACGAGAAGAGGGACUUUGUUGCUGGUGGCGCUGCGGCUGGUGUCGCAGCUGCCUUCGGUUCUCCAGUUGGUGGAGUGCUUUUCAGUUUGGAAGAAGGUGCAAGUUUUUGGAACCAGGCCCUGACAUGGAGAAUGUUUUUUGCCUCCAUGGUUUCCACAUUUACUCUCAACGUUCUGCUGUCUAUCUACCAUGGCCAUCCAGGAGAUCUUGGUUUUCCUGGUCUUAUAAAUUUUGGUGUCUUUAGCGGUGCCUAUUAUGGAUACGAAAUUCCAUUAUUCAUGGUCAUGGGGAUAAUAGGAGGCCUUCUUGGAGCCAUUUUCAACGCAAUAAAUCACCAUCUGUCGAUAUUCAGAACCAGGUUCGUGAAGCAGAAGCCUCUACGUGUAAUCGAGGCUAUCAUCGUUGGAAUGAUAUCGUCAGUCGUCGCAUUUAAUUUGAUUUACUUCAAGCCGGAUUGUGCUCCAAUCGGAACUGUUAAUACUACAGAAGCACUACAGUUUCUCUGCCAAGAUGGCGAAUCUAGCUCAAUGGGGUCGCUAGCUUUCAGCACGCCAGAGCACUCAGUUAAAAGUCUGUUUCAUUCUCCAAGAGGGAACUACAACACCGUGACGGUUCUCUUGUUCGCUAUUUGCUAUUUCUUUCUCGCUACCUGGACAUAUGGAUUGUAUGUGCCAAGCGGGUUGUUUGUUCCUGUCAUCCUUUGCGGGGCAGCUUGGGGAAGGAUGUUUGGUGACUGUGUUUACAAAAUAUUCCCCCAAGGAAAGUGGUCAGAGCCGGGAAUCUAUGCGUUAAUAGGGUCAGCAUCCAUGUUAGGCGGUGUGAUGCGGAUGACCAUCAGCCUUUGCGUUAUUGUCAUGGAAGCAACUGGUGACAUCACCUAUGGCCUCCCUCUGAUGUUAGCUAUCCUCAUUGCCAAAUGGGUUGGAGACUUUUUUAAUGAGGGUAUUUAUGAUAUUCAUAUAAAACUUGCUGGUGUCCCCUUUUUGGAUUGGGAAACACCCCAGAUGGCAUCGCAGAUUCCUAUUCGAGAUGUAAUGCGAAAGCCUGUUGUUUGCUUUCAUACUGAAGAAAGGGUCGGCCGCAUUGUUGACGUGCUAAAGAACACUGCCUCGCAUCAUAAUGGUUUCCCAGUGGUUGACAAUGUUCCUCAAACGCAGGCAGGUGACAGGGCAACCUAUGGUACAUUCAGAGGCAUCAUUCUGAGGUCACAGCUCAUUAUUCUCUUGAAGCAAAAGGUUUUCUAUGAAAGAAGUCAACUACGGAGACACAAGCUGAAGUUAAAAGAUUUCCGAGAUGCGUACCCAAGGUUCCCUCCAAUAAGAAAUAUUAAUAUAUCACAAAGAGAAAGAGAGUGUUAUAUGGAUCUGCGACCGUUCAUGAAUCCAGCUCCAUACACUGUGAUGGAGAAUUCUUCAUUGAACAGAGGAUUUAAAUUAUUUAGAGCUCUCGGUUUGAGGCAUUUGGUUGUAACUGAUGAAAGUAAUCAGGUUGUUGGCAUUGUCACUCGAAAAGAUUUGGCUAAGUAUAGAACGUGGGCACACAGGGGUCAAAUGGAACUUAAAAAAGUUAAAGUUUUACAGCAUUCUGAUUAAGAGAGUAAUUUUGUAGUUGAAAAUGAUUUUAAAUUAUUAUUACCCUAAUGCCGAUGGGUAACUUUUUCUACUUUUAUUUAGAAGGUUUAGAAAUUCUUUUUAGAUUUGCCCCGGAAAGAAAAUUGGCAACAGAUUCUUUGUCAAAUAUAUAUUUCUAGGGUUUGAAAACUACACAAUAUUUCUAUAGUAAAUUUUAUUUUGAAAUUGAAUUUUUGUGCAGAUAAUAAUCUUAUUUUUAUUUUUUUUCCAAUUUUGCUGGAUUAAAGGUUUAAUUUGUAACAUGGAACAGUUCACCUGCGCUCUUCACUAACCAAUGUAAAAAUAAUUUUAAGGGCUGUUGCGUAACACUGUUUUGCAGUCGGCCCUUUUUCUGAUGCUUUCUAGAUAAAUUUUCCUUAUUUUACAAGAUUUCAAACAGGGUAUGUCUCCCAAACAGGACUAAAAUUUUGAAGAAGGAAACAAAGUCAGUCGGAGCAAACAGCGGUGUUGUCAUUCCACGAUCCGCAGCUGAACGAUUGUUCAAUUUCAGUUAUUUAAUUGCACUGAAAAUUGCCCCUUAUGAUAAAACAUCUUUGCCCAUGGUUAGUUUGUAGUACAUCUAUCAUCUCCAUUUUGACCAAGAACACUUAAAGUAGGAUUAUUCAUACCACAAUAACGAUCAAUAUUUCAAGCAACUUCAGUAAGGUUACCCCAUAGGUCAACAAAAAUUAUUUGGCCUAAUACCAUUUAUUGUUAUCCCAUUCUUUCAGUUUUUGCUAUGACCUUUGAUAUGCUGAUGAUAUUAAUAAAUUAUAGUACUAAUGAGUACUAUAGUUGAUAAAUUUCUACCUACUUUUGCCAGUUAGAAUUUUUAUCCCAUUAGCAGAAAUGCAGGAAAAAACUUAAGAAAUUACACACAAAUAUAUUCAUAUAUUAAGUUCACUCUACAUCCUGUAUAAUGUUAAUACAGGUACUAAAAAUUACUUUGAUUAUUAUAACACUCACACACAACACACAACAGCAAAAAUCUCAAAGUAUGCAAAGGUUUAAGAAACUAUUGUUUCUCCUUAUUAAAGCAUUCAAUCUGAAGUAAGUUAAUGUUGCAAAAGUUCUCAUGUAUAUAUUUAGUACUAAUGAGUAAUUUAGGCAAAAUUGUAUAUUGAAUUUCAAUUAAGAUCUUUUGAUAUGCUGAUACUUGUGUU